AGAAAGAAAGAAAGAGAGAGAGAGAGAGAGAGAGAAAGAGAGAGAGAGAGAAAAAAGAAAGAAAAAAAAAAGAAAAAAAAGAGAAAAAGAAUGGAAAAAUUCUUCUCUAUUUGCGAAGGACACUUCGUCGUGAUCAGUAUUCACACAGUGCACCACGAGUAUAGAGGAAGAUACGAAGAAGAAUAAAUAAAAGAAAGGAAGAAAAAAGAAGAAUAUACACAAAUUAGGAGAAGAAGAAGAAGAAGAAGAAGAAGAAGAAGAAGAAGAAGAUAAAGAAAAAAGAAAAGAAAAGAAGUGUAAAAUAUCAUAGACAAUAAUGUUAACAGAAAAUUCGAUAAGUAGUCCAAUAGAAUUUGGUUUACGUUUGAUCGGUCUUUGGCCAAAUUAUACUUACGCGAUAUUUCAUAGAAUUCUUUGGACUAUGACUAUGAUAUUUGUUCUUUUUUCCGAAUACGUAUACGUGGUGAUGCAUAUUAAAACUGACGAGCUGCCUGAUCUCAUGGAUUCAUUGACUAUCACGUUGUCCAAUAGUCUACUAUUUAUUAAACUUAUAAUACUUUGGUUCAAUGAUCGAAUUUUCGAGGAUAUUUUAAUAAUGAUAAUAGAAGAUUACGAGAACAACGACGAAAGAAAUAAUCGUGAAAGAAUGAAGAAGAAAGUUAUUCUCUCUCAACGUUUCGCAAGUUGUACAAUUAUAUUAUAUUCGACAACGGUUAUAUUAUUUUCGAUAUCCGUCAUUUUUGCAUCUGAAAGAGUACCAGUACUUAAGAUGGAAUUACCAUUCGACUCAAUGAAAUCACCGAUUUACGAGAUAGUAUCAAUAUUACAAUUUAUACAAGAAUUAAUAUUUGCCUCGACUUCCGGCCUAUUGAACGGUCUGAUCGUGACCUUGAUGCUUCAUCUUGGUGGACAAGCAGAAAUCAUGUGUCAAAGACUCGGCGAUAUCUCAUUGGAAAUAAUCAAUGGAAAAUCUUGCAAGGAUAAUUUGAGAUCGUUGAUCUAUGCACAUCAAAGGAUUAUUAAUUUUUCAACUUGCGUCGAAAGUGUAUUCAAUUAUAUCGCUUUGAUACAAUUCCUAUCGAAUACUUUGGCCAUUUGUUUUUCUGGAUUUGUGAUAAUAACGUCAUUCGACUCCGAUCAAGGCUCAGUAAUAUUGGCAAAGACUUUACCAUACUACACUGUGGUCAAUUUGGAAGCGUUCAUUCUUUGUUUCGCUGGCGAAUAUCUCACCUCGAAGGGAAAAGCUAUCGGUGAAGCCGCAUACACGUGCACUUGGUACGAACUAAGGCCGAAUGAAAGCCGAUAUUUCUUGCUUUUGAUACUGAGAUCUCAGAAAAGAUUGACGAUCACUAUCGGAAAAUUCAUGGAUUUAUCUUUGGAAUGUUUCGCCAGUAUACUACAUACAGGCGGGCAAAUUGAAAUAAUGUGUCAGACAAUCGAGGAAUUAAUAAAUAGGAUCGACAACGAACAUGGCACUUAUUUGAAUGUAUUGAAAAAAUUGAUCGUGAAACACGACAGAAUUAUAUUGUUUUCCGUUUAUAUCGAAGAAUUGUUUACUUAUAUUGCUCUGUUGCAAUUUUUUUCUAAUACCAUGGCCAUUUGUUUCUCGGGAUUUGUUAUUAUGACGUCGAUUGGCACCGAAGAAGGUAAUGCAAUAUUAGCAAAAACAGUUCCAUAUUGUAUUGUGGUGAACGUCGAAGCUUUUAUACUUUGUUUCGCUGGGGAAUAUCUAAGUUCGAAAAGCGUGAUAUUGGGUAAAAAGGCAUACGAUAUCAAUUGGUACGAAUUGAAAUCGAACGAAAGCAGAUAUAUAUUACUAUUAAUACUUCGGGCACAAAGAAAAUUGACGAUAACCGUAGGGAAAUUUUUCGAUCUAUCAUUGGAAAGUUUUGCAAGUAUAUUGAAAGCUUCUGCGUCAUAUGGAUCGGUACUUCACGCAAUAUAUACAUUAUAUUUUAUUGGAUUAUGGCCGGAUUAUACUUAUGCAAUUUUACAUCGUAUACUUUGGGUUUUUGCAUUGGGUUCAAUUUUAAUAUUUCAAUAUCGAUAUAUCAUUAUGCACGUACUUGUCGAUGACCUGGCCGAGCUUAUGGAUUGUCUCAGUAUUACCAUAUCUAAUAGCCUAUUGCUGAUCAAACUUUUUAUACUUUGGAAUCAUCAGGGUGCCAUAAUGUUUAUAUUUCCUGUUAUAUUAUCGAACGAUAGGAUACUCGUACUUAAAAUGGAAUUACCAUUCGAUCCAUUUCUUUCGCCGAUUUAUGAGAUCGUUUGUAUAAUACAAUUGAUAGAGGAAAUUGCGUUUGCCGUUACGUCUGGUAUGCUCAAUUCCGUCAUCGUGACUAUGAUAGAUGUAAUGUGUCAAGAGAUAGAGGACAUGUUCGAUCAAUUUCAACAGGACGAAACGUCACCCUUGUUACAAUUUCUUUCUAAUACCAUGGCCAUAUGUUUCUCGGGAUUUGUUAUAAUGAUCGUGGAUAUUUCUGUUUGUUAUUUAUUGACAUUGACGAAUGUUAAUUUAAUAAUCCUUAAAAAGUCUAUGAACACUAACGAGGCCAAUGGUGUAUUAGGAAAAACUGUUUCAUAUUAUAUGAUGAUUAACAUCGAAGCUUUUAUUCUGUGUUAUAUCGGUGAAUAUCUCAGUUCAAAGAGUCUAACUAUCGGAGUAGCAGCAUACAAUUUUCAAUGGUACGAAUUAAAUCCUAAAGAGAGUAGAUACAUCUUGUUGUUGAUAUUACGGGGACAAAAAAAAUUGACCAUCACUAUUGGCAAAUUUUUGGAUUUGUCUUUGGAAAGUUUUGCCAGUAUCUUGAAGGCUUCGGCGUCUUAUGCAUCGGUAUUACACGCGAUAUAUUAAACACCAAAAAGAAUAUCAAUUUAGUUUAAUAAAG